UGCAGCUGGGGUUGAGGAGGACUGAGGCGGGAGCCGAAGACUCCGGGCGGACAGGACUGGGGGGGGAGGAGGAGGAGAAGGAGGAGCAGUGCAGAUCCCCGUCCGCGCUCCCGGCCUACUGCGAGCCGGCGCCCGGGCUGGUGCUCCCGUCUCCUCCCCGCCUCCCGCUGUCGCCUGGCCGCUGGCUCGCGUCUGGGCGGCCGGCUGGGCCCGCGGCUGCCGUCCUCCCGCUUCCCGGCCGCGCCGCCCGCUCGGCCCUCCGCAACGCCGCGCGGUUCCCGCCCAGGAGGGGCCCGGCCCUGGCGGAGGAGAGAGAGAAAUAUCAAUGUGAGAGAGAAGCACCAAUUGGUUGCAUCUGGUAUGUGUCUGGACCUGGGAUCAUAUGUGCCCAGACCAGGAAUCGAACCUACAGCCCAGCACCUUGUGACUGUUUUUACUUGACUGGUCACUGGCGUCCCAACAAGCAUGGAGAUAAGGUUAGAAGUUGUGACAUCCACAAGCAUCAAGCAGAAGAGACCCUGGCCGCGAGUCUCCUGGCUGGGACAGGAAAAUGAAGCUGUUUUUCUUCUGGGUGAUAAACUCAUAAAUGAAAUUAAUUUGCUCUCGGGGAGGACAAAGAAGAAAAUUCCUCGUCUGCAGCCUUUCUUGAAGGAUGUUAUUGUCCUGACAACGUCCAGUAAUGAUGCCUGGCUGGCUGGGCUACUUACCACAGGGGAGCUUUUCCUUUGGAACAAGGAUCACGAUUGUUUGAAAACCGUGCAAGCAACUGAAAAGCCUAAGGAAAUGAUUCAAGCUGCGAUAGCAAGCUCUUUGAGACUGUAUUUGUAUGUAUCUGGAGAUGGAAAAAGAGUUCUGAUUAUAACUCCUUCUGGAUGCGUAUUUCUUUGGGAAUAUUUGGAAUUCAAGAAUAUCUUAUCUUCCAAAAGCCCUUCACUGAUGGGCCGGUGGUCCCAGAUCCUCCCUGAAGAAGCAGUGUGUUUGCCUUCCACCGAAGAUAGAGAAGCUGCAGUGCAUGCUGUUUUUGUAAGAAAUGAGUUAUUUGGAGACUGCUGCUUGUGUUCAUUUACUUUUUAUUCUGGGGAAUGCCUGAAGUUGACAUUUCUAGCAAUGCGGUGGCAUGAGAAUGUACUUAUACCUAUAAGAUCCUUGCCAUACCGUGUUCACUGGGCACAGCAAGAUUGCCUUCUGGGUAGUCUGAUUCCUCCAUGUGAACCAGUAAAAUCCAGGGGAGCUCUGAUUUCUGCCUUUUCAAGAGAUGGCCUUACCCUGGCAGUAACUCUUAAUCAGAAGGACCCGAAGGCAACUCAGGUAUUAUUUAUAAACACACUGAAUUUUGUUACUCUCUGUGGCAGCCUUAAAGGGUGUAGCAAUAAGAAUCCUGUGGUUCCAGCUACACUUGUCAGGUCCUACUGGGUGGGCGAUGUCAGCUGGACCCUGGAUAGCCUUCUUCUGGCCUGCGUGUUGAAGCGCGGCUCCCUGCUUUUACUGACUUGCCAAGGGGAAUUGCUGACACUCAUCACUUCCGGGUGCUCUAUAGAGUUCGGGCCAGCAGAGUUCAUUCCUCUUCACCCACUCAUAACGUAUAGACCGCAGCAGUUUAUAUUUAAAGAUUCAGAAGGUUCUGUGGAUUCAUCGGCUUCAGAAGGUGACCCUAUGCGACAGCGGUUCUCCGUGAAAGCACACUCGCGGCUGCCCUACCUCCUCGUUUCCGACGGGUACAUGGUCACAGCGCUGCGCUUCCUGGAUAACCUGUCUCCGUCAGUGCUCGUGAGGUCCCUGCUGCUGGAUUCGACCCAGAGGCUGGAGAAGACAUACCAAAGUGUGAAGUUGUCUAGGCCGAAAGGCAAAGGGCUGAACUUGAGAUCACUGGAUUCCCUGAGGCUGAGCCUGUUAGAACACCAAGGAGCGGAGCGUUCGGCUGAUCCUGCCGUCCCCAGGUUCUUGCAGGAAGAAGAAACAAUGGAGUUACGUGGAAAACCAGCAGAUUUGCAGGACUUUGAAGCAGAAGAAACUAAUGACAGCACAUACUUUCCAAACAACUUAUCUUCUUUUUGGAACCAGAAAAACAAUCCAUUGUUCAGUAGUGUCGAGGAGGGAAGACUGGAAUUUGCGUCUAUGUUUGAUACGAUACAUGCAAAGGAUAGCACCGAGGAGUCAGACAGAACCAUUACAGAACUGCAUUCUGUCCAGAAAAAUCUUCUUGCAGCGUGGACUAUAGGAAAUUCAAAAGAUGUGAAGGAGAAACAUUUAAUGUUAAAUUACACAGUAGUUUGCAUUACUCAUUUUUUCUACAUUCUUCAAUUUAUAGAAUGCCCUUUCCCCAAACCUGACCUUUUUUUAAGCAAAAGCCUAAGACAAAAUGCAUGGGUGCUUUGUGUCUUUCAACUCCUGCAUCAGUGCUUAUCGGCCCAGCACUGGGCCGUGGGGUCCGGACCGGCGGUGGGGCCCGUGCUGAAGCUGGCCGCCAGCGCUGUGCAGCUGCUGCUGUCUUGGCCGCGGCAGGGCCCACUGUCCUCGGAGCGGCUCUUAGCCUGUUUUCACUUACUCAGGAUGGUCGCUGAUCAUUUAAACGGCACGUAUUAUCUGCAGCCCGAAGUUAUUUCAGCAUCGAAUCAAGACUCGUUGGUGGUACCCAUUUUUCAAAUACUUCAAGAUAGUCAUUCUCAGGGAAAAUGGUCUUGGUGCUCAUCUUUAAAGACUCCUCCGCAAGCAGUGAAUCUUGUUCAGCAGCCAGGCCACAGAUUGCUGGUCCUCUGGAGAGCACUGUAUAAAAAAACUCUGUGGUAUCAAACACAGUUAAGUCACAGAGUUCCUACAGGUGACAGGCAGUUAACUGAAAAGAUGGCACACGAAGCAGCUACUGUCCAGUCCCUGUUAUGUCACAUACAGGCUGCCCUGCAGGCCGCCGGAGUCUGCUUGGACCUGACCUUGGAGCUCAAGUCUAUCGAGGGUGAAGAGUGUUUCCUGUUAGGAUCCUAUGAAAAGUCUGUCCAGCUGUGGAAGGAAGCUCUGCAAGAAACCCAAGAAAAUGGAGGAAGAAGGACCUGCUUUCUUCAGAUACGCUAUUACCUUUCUCUCUUGUACUGCCACCUGUACAGCUAUAACUUAAACGAUGCUCAAGGAUUGUGUGAUCAGCUAGUAAGAGCAGUACUGACAUGGUCCCACCUACCCGUAAGAGAAAAUGAAGAUAGUUCAGCUCCCGAGCGGCCUCCCCGCGGGCUGGGGGUGGCCGCAGCGGCGCACCCGUCGGCGGCGGUGCGGGUGAUCCAGUGCAUGGCCCGGUUCAUGGCCGCCUACUUCACCAACCGGCGGCUCUGCAUUUUGCCACCUCACAGUGUGAACGUCCUUCCACCGCUUCAUGUUGAAAGAGAGUGGCCCCUGCGGCUUAUCCCUCUGCAGCACUCGAAGGUGGCCAGUGUUGUCAGAGACCAGAAUCUUUCCAGCGUGUGGACAGUGGAAUAUGCCCUCGAGUUACUGUUUAUCGGGGGCCUGGUUCCGGAGGCCGUGUGGUUGGCACAUGAGCUUGGCGACUGGAAGACAUCUGUUUCGAUUGGCGUGGCCUUCCAGCUGUUCCGCAAACUAGACGGCAGUUUCACCAGGUGCAAGAAAAAAGGCCAGAAUCUACCAUUAAACAUGACUCCAGCACAGAUUUUCCAGGAAAAGCUCCAGUGUUUUUUAGGUCAGCCGGCCUCUUUGGGAGCGAAAAAUGAAGCGGGCUCAAAAUACAAACAAUUUACAGACCCCAUCGAAGAGGAAGAUGUGAAUCUGCUGUUGGGCGCGUUGCAAGAAGUGCUGAAAGCAGCAGUCAUGGCCGACGCAGACGUCCUGUCGGAGACGUUUCAGCUCCUGGUGACCUCGGCCAAGGACUUCAGCAAGAGGCUCUGGGGCUUGGUGCCGGGCGGCCUGUACCUGCCAGCUCCCCCGCUGUACUGUCCUCAGCCGGCUGUUCUUAGUGAAGAAGAUGGGGAUGAUCUCCUUCUAAAAGCCGAAAAAGGGAAUCGCCAGAAGCUGUCCGGCGUCCUCCAGCGCCUCCUCCUGCUCUUCCGCGCAGCGCAAUGCUCCUUCCCCGCCGCGCAGUGGUACAUCCUGCGGCUGCGGCGGGCCCGUAAGGUCAUGCAGAAGAUUCGGAUGAAAGGGUCCCUUCCUUCACUGAGUCCUUUUCCUCAGUCAUUACUUAAUUACUGUGUAGGAGGCGUAGCAUUCUUUCGACCCGGAGCAGCCGGAGACAAGAAGCUUGAUGAAGUUUCCAUUAAAGCAAUAGGCUGCUUCCGGGAGCUCUGUGCCUUGUGUUGGAUGCUGCACGUCCGGGACGAGUUAUCCUACAGUUGCAGACAGUAUCAGAAGGCAAGAGAAGACGCGGUAGGAAGGAAGGGUCUCCAGGUGGAGUUUGACUCCCGUGUGGUGGAGUGCUGCCUCAGGGCCGUGGAGUGGGCCUGCCGGAUGCUGCCCUUCUCCCGGUUCGCCAACACCGAGGAGCUCACUCAGGACCUGAUUCUGAGCCUCGUCGCAGAACUGCCCCCGACCCGGCAGGUAGCAGAGAUUUUUGUGAGAGCAUUUCCCAAUCCUGAGGACAUCAGGGUUCCUUUAAGAGAAAAAUACCACUCUCUUCAACAGAGACUCAGGCAGUGUGUUGUGAAAGGUCCCCACGCUGAGGAAGCGAUGUCGGUCCUCAUGCACUCCAUCGACAAAGCGAGGGUCAAGGCCCUGAGGCGUGUGCAGAGAAACAUAGGAGCUUUUGAGACGCACGUAUGGGAGCCGGCCGGAGAAGAGCCGCCGGCCGAGGGCGCAGGUUUCGACAGGUUUUCCCUGGGGACUAGUUUGAGCAGGAGCACGCUCACCGACCUGGGCAGCUCUCUGGUGCCCAGCGACGCAGAUACUGUCUCUGAAGCUCUGUCGGUGGAAGAAAGAAGGAGGACACAUUUCUCUGAAAGAGAUGCCCCAAAUCACAUGGAAUUUGCAUUGAUUGCUAAGCCCAAUGAUAAAAAGAAAAUAGGUAAUCAGAAAGAAAAUCUUAACAGACAAGAAGAUCAUGAAAACUUACUACAAAGUGAACUUCCCGUAAUAGGCGUUUGGGAGUUUGAACGUGAUGAUGAUGAAUAUGUGAAGUUCCUUGAUCUCUUCUUGAGCUAUGUUCUUGAAAGAGACAUGGGUGGUUCCCAGGACCCUGGCAUUCCAUUUCUAACCAGUUUUUCUGCACACCUUAGAGAGCACGAACUUAACCCUUUGCUUUUUGAUAUACGCACAACACUGAAAGGACGUCAGGGCACACCCGGAAGCCGGAACGUGUUCAGAGCCGGCUCCUGCUUUGCUGCUGCUCCGGAGCCAGAGCCGCAUGAGCCUGCACAGCCUGAGAGCCAGGCGCUUUCAGCUCCCGCAGAGGGUAGUCAGGGGGUCAGACCCUGUCUAGCGAACCCCUGGAAUGAGGAUAAUAGGAGUGAAGGGAACUGUGGAUUGUUUGGUUUAAAACAAAGGUCAGUUUACAGAGCACACGACGGCAACACAGAGAAACCUGUGAUCCAGAGACUGAUGGACUCUGCUCUCUGGACUCCCAAGUCCGUCAAGAGGAGAAGGUGUGUUUUCGAGGUGAUUCGGUGCAGCGAUACUAACCCUGCAGAGGAGCUUCCGCCAGCGCUGAGCAGCACCCCAGGCAGCCUGCGGAGGCUGCUGGAGUGGAUGGUGCGCUGGGCCGACCGCAGGCUGCCCUGCGCCCCGCGACCCCCCGCGGCACCCUGCGGGCGCAGCCCCGUCCUCCGCGUGCGGACCUCCACGGCCGCCAUCCUCGCAGCGCUGUGGCUUUCGCAACAACCCUAUCUUGCGACCUACAAGGCGAAUAAUGUCGUUAUUAAGGUGCCAGAGAGCCCUCCCACGGGGUGUCAGAGUGGACCCAGAGCUGAGAGUGGCCCCAAGACCGACGCUGGCUGCGCAGCGGCAGGGCCCACGCACACUGGGCCCGAGGAGGGACACGGUCACGAUGGAGCUGGUCGAAGCAUCUGGAGGAUGCCUGCUGAAGCCGAAACUCCUGAAAUAAAAGAAUGCAACAAUAUUACUUCUGUCACCGAUGACACUGAAAAAGAAUUUGUAGAUAUUGAUGGGGAUCUUUUAGGAAUAGAAACGUUUGCACAGGAGGAAAUGAAUACAUACCCAUCAGACGAUGAAGAAGAUGCCAAAGAACCUGUGGAACGUCUCCGAAGUCCCGCUGCCAGCACCGGCGUGCAGACCUCCCCACAGCUCUUAGAGGAAUUUUACCAGCACUCCCCCGGAGAGGGCCGGUGUCCGAGGGAGGAGCCCCUGGAGACGCAUGCGGAGGAAGGACCAACUGGACAGAAAGGUGCUCGGCUCUCCGCGUGUAAAGAGACGCCUCCUGCAGACCCACCUUUGGUGUCCGAUGGAGCCAGUGCCGCUUCAUGCACGCCUGUGCCCGCAGCACCCGGGCCCCCGAGAGACGGGCCCAGGGCUCCAGAUUCUUCCGGUUCUGUCAGGCAGAUGCUCCAAGACCAGAUGUUUAUGUUAGUUCAGCUGCAACAAAUCAACUUCCUGAGUCUGAUGCAGAUAGUAGGGCCGUCCUUUCCUAACCUCCCUGGCGGACACCGGUGUGCUCAGCAGUCUCCGUCCGCGCCGCUGGCGGGAAGCCAGGCGUCGCACCCGACCGGAGGGAGUGGCGAUGCUGAAGACCCCGGUGGGAGUCUGAAGGAGAGGCCGUUCGCUAAACCGCCGUCGGUGGGAGCGCUCACGGGAGAGCCUGGCGGGAAGAGCCCACCCUCUCUGAAAGGAAUCGUGCAGUCUGAUCAGAGUGGCAAGGCAGAGUCACAGAAUGUUCCACAUGGGAGUAUUCCUGGUCCAUUGGAAGGCCAACCCCAGGACAGCGGACUGCCUGCAGCAUCUGGAAGCUUACCAAUGACUUCCUUUCCCCCAGCGCCUGCUGCAAAUGCUCACCUCCAGCUUUUGCUCACAUCUGCCAUUACGAACACGCAUAGAUUUCUCCCAGCUGCGAAUGCUUUCAGACCGGAUGGUGGUUUUCCUUUGCUUCAGUUUCAGCCUAAACACAAAUUUAAGCCCCUUCUCCUCCCGGCAGGAAGAGCUCUGCAAGUUCCCUGCGGGCCUCUGCCACAGCCUAGAGAGGCCUGGGGGCCGCCCGCUUCCUCCCAGCCGCCUCUGCCGCACGGAGCAGUGCACACUCCUGCAGUGCCCCAUCUGGAUCUGAGCCAGCGUAACGUGGGAGCUGUGCCAAAGGCCGCCGACCAGAAGAGAGGGGCAGAAACGACUGUUACAGAAGCCCCUAAGCAUGUGACCCUGGACCAGCAUGUUGGACAAGAACACUUCACACCCCAGCAGGACUCUUCGGUGUUUGUAAAGCCCGAGAAAGUAUUUGACGUGACGCCAGGGCCCCUGGAGACGUCUGCUCAGAACGCCUGUGGAUUUCCGUUAUUGCACCUGCAACUUAGACCUCCUUGUGCAUUCCCCUCCGUCUCCGGAGCACCAGUCCCAGUGCCCUCCGCGCCUCUCAGAGCCGCAGCAGAAGGCAGCAGACACCCGGGGCUGCCAUUACUUCCCUCCCGCCUCCCGCCGGAGGACCCGUACAAAACCCCAUGUCCUCCAGUGGAAAACCUCGCUGAGUUUGGACAAAGCCAGCCGAAACCAGCACAUGGCAUACCUGAGCCAGGCAAUCCUGGACCCCUUCCACUUGUCAAGGGUGCAGCGGGACCUGCUGAAGCGAGGCAAGGAAAGGAUGGCAAAAAAAGGCGGAGACGGCGAGCUGGGAAAGAGCUGCAAGAACAGCAAUCAGAGAAACUAGGGACAAAACCAGAUGAGGAUUCAGAAAUAGCUCCACAACCCAAGGAGCAGCAAGAACAGCGUGGUUCCCAGACCCUGGACGACUUCGAAAUCCCCCUUGAAAUGCUGCGAGAGGACCUCACCACGCCGGCCGGGCUGCACUUCAUGGCCUGCGUGAGGCGGACCGCGCUGGGGCGGCAGGACGCGAGCACCAAUACAGACCCAGAUAAAGAAGCCGCUUCUCAAGAGAUCAUUUCUGAUUGUCGUAAAAACCAGCAACCCAUUUCUUCCAUAUCAGAAUGUGAGCCUGUGAGCAUCCCUCCACCAGCGGCUCCGGAGAGAUCUCUCCAUCUCAGACUUCCUGCCGGGACAACAGAGAGACCCUUGUCACCUUCGGCCUCGGACACGGUGCUGGAUCUGGCCGCGGCUCAGGUUGGACACACGUACAUAAAUGUGAUCGACAUUGAAGCGGACGACCUCCAGGAGUUACCUGUCAAAGAGCCUUCAGGUGAUAGCCCCGUCAGGCAGCACCUGGACGGCCCGUCCUCCGCGGAGCUGCAUUGCAUGGCCUCCUCGGUCACGGGCGCUGUUCCCCUGCGCAAUUUUCAGAGCCACGAGUCUGCCCGUCCGGCCGUGGACUUGCUGUUUAAACCUGCAGAAGUGUCGGCAUCCUGUUUGGGCGGGAGAAGCUGGGGAGCAGGCAGUCCAGGAGCGGCGGGGCCUGGCGUUACCCGACCUGCGCCGUCAGACAGAGAGUGGGACGGAGAAAUGCCAAAGCCAGGCGUGCGGUGCGGAGAGCAGAGCCCGAAGCCAGACGCUGCGGAGAGGGAUGAGCUGCGGGACUACCUGCUGCAGGAGCUGCUGCAGGGCGUCUCUGCGGCUCCCCCCGCCCCCGCCCCCGCCCCGGGCGCUGCCGCAGCCGGCCGGCUGGAGCGGCUCACCGCCCAGCUGCGGAAAAUGGACGCGCAGCUGCUGGCCAUCGGCAGGAUCGCCGCGGACAUAGAGCAGGACUUCCCCCAGCGCGGACUGGCGGACCUGCCGGACCUGCCGUGCCAUAAGGUUGAGUCUGUGGGUCACACCCAGUUGUCUUCGGGCCCUGAAUCUGAAAGAACAUUGGCUUCCAGAACCAUCAGCCUUUCCAAAGAAGACUCCGGAUCAGCGCAUUUCCUGACUCACGUGGAUAAGGAAGACCAAAGUGACAAAGAGCUGCCUUUCGAAGCUGAAUUUUCAGUAACAGAAAUUCACUCUCAUCCAAAAACCUGUGUGUUUCCUUCUGCCGAUUCCACCGUCAGCCUCUCCAGUGACCAGAAUGCAAGUUUUCCAGGUGUGAAUAACAGUGAUGAGUUAUUUGAGAGCCGCGAUCCUGACGGCCGUUUCUCUGCUUGCGUUGGCGAGCGAAGCCCGUCGGCAGACCUGCUGCAGGAGUCCGGGCUGGCGGAUGUCGCCGACAUCAUCGACGACCUUCUCACUGAGGGCGGCGUUUCCAGGGAGGAGCUGGGCCUGACGGAACAGCAGGCCAGGAGCAUCUCCAGAAUCCGCCGUUCUCCGGAUAGACGCCCCCGAAGGACGGAGAAGGAGAGGAGAGAGAUCCAGGUCUGGAUGAGAAGAAAACGGAAGGAGAGAACGGCGGAGUACCUGCGUCAGCUGGCGGAGAGGAGGGGCCAAGAGCACGACCCUUUCUGCCCCAGGAGCAACCCAUUUUACGUGACUUCGAGGGAAAUCAGGCUGAGACAAAAGUUGAAGCACGAGAAGGACAGGCUGCUGCUCUCGGACCACUACAGUCGUCGCAUCUCGCAAGCGUACAGUCUGAUGAGCGAACUGCUGUCCGAGUCGGCGCAGCUGCCAGGGGCUGCCCAGAAGCCACCGCCUGCCGCCCCCGGAGCCGCCCGGGCCUCCAGACUGCGGCGCUCCCUUUCUCCCAGACGAGAGACUCCACGUGGCCACAGUUUUCCAGUGAAUCGACCUGAAAAAGUCAGAUACACAUGCAAACCCAGUGACGGCCCCACAGGGCGACCUCCGGAGCAACCUCAAGGCUCGCCUCGGCCACACGGAGCUGCCACUGUCGCCCAGAAAAAAGCUGGGGGAGCCCGAGUGGCCACCAGAAGGGCCGUGCAGUCUCCAGUCAUCUUUCAAAAAGGCUCUGCCGCUCGGUGUCGGGGUCCACAUCACGCAAAAAGGCACGGCAGUGCGGGGCCUGCCCCUCCGAGCAAGCAGGCGUGCGUGGAGGACUGGAGGGCGGGGACUGCGGGGAGGCCCUGGCCGGGGCCUCCAGGCAUCCGGGAGACCCUGCUCGGCAGCCGCAGUCCCCUCCUGCAGGACCUGUCACCGGCUGAAGAGGAGCCGGAGCCGCCCGCUGGGUCCGAGAGCACCGGCAGCAUCCUCAGCCAGCUGGACUGGGGCGCCGUCGAGGCCAUGGUGGCCGGCGUGGACGACAAGAGCCCUUCUGUGUGCUGGGCCCUGGACCCAUGAGGCCUGAAGAGCACCCCCUGCUGCCGGCCGGCACCCCAGCGAUGUCGUUCCGAGGGACGUGGGUUUGAGGGACAGAAGCAGGGGAAGAAGUGAGGUCACUGUACCACCUGGAGCCAUAUCACCCCCUGAAUAAGCCAUUUCAACAGGGAAAAUAAACAUUUCUCAAUGACUCGGCCCUCGUGGGAAAGGGUUCUUUAACUGUAGGUGUAUUAUAUGUUUUUGCGUUUGAUUAUCUUUAGACAUAAUUUUUUAAGUGAUGAAAAAUAAAAUGUACCUUUCAAGU